AUGCGAACAUUUUUGUGGAACGAUUUGUGUGCUAAUAAGAAAGUUCUCGACAAGACAGAAGAACGAGGCAACAACAUCGUCGUCAAAGUGAUCAAGCUCGCCAGACUGGCGAUAAUCGGCGUUGUAAUCACAGUCAAGGUGUGCUUAUUGGUAAAAGUGCUGCACGCCUUCAUCAAAUUCAAAUACAUGACCAUCGCUUUCGGAUAUUUACUGUUAAACGCGGCUAGAUUAUGGAUCGAUGCCAAACAUCAUAAGCACGAUGAUGUAUACUACAAGGCUCACAGUCACCAAUACGAUUUGGACGACCAUCUGUUGCACGAUGAAUGGAGGAGAGAAGACGGAGAUUUCGAUUUCUUGAAGGAUUCGUCUUACAAACGGAAAAAAUGA